AUGGCUAAGAGCACUAGAAAGCAAAAGUUAAAGGCUAAGGACUUCCAAAAGAAAAAACUGAAGGUUGGUAAGGGCAAAGAUAAGCCUGGUAAUGUUACUGAUACAUCGUUUGCCGCAAGGACUAUAAGCAUCAAGGAUCAACAUUUGGAACAUAGUAAUGAUUUGACAAAGCGUCUUCCAUUACUGAAACAUCAUAAUGUAUCAGUUAGAAAGGAAACGUUACAAUUGUUUCAAAAGAGUUUGCCUACAAUUAUUGACAGCAGCAUGAUGACACCACUUCUGAACCAAGCUAUACCUCUAAUCUGUGAUGAUUCCAAGCAAGUGCGUUUAGCGUUUAUCGAUUUAAUUGAUGAAAUUGGUAAAUUGAAUGAGCAAGUAUUGAGAUUACAUUGUAAGUACUUCGUUUUAUACAUCAGUAUGUCCAUGACACAUAUUGUCACUGCAAUUCAGGCAGAUUCUACCAAAGUAUUACGAGUUCUGUUAAAAUAUUGUGGUGAAGAAAUUUGUAGACAGGCAUGGGUGAAACUAUUGGACGGUAUAUUCAGUGUAUUAGGAUGGGGUAAGAAUGGUAAAAAUCAAGCAGCAGGUAUUGUGCAUACUAGGAAGAAAGAUGCAAAGACAGUUGCUAUCCAUUUAGAGGCGUUACAUGAUUUCAUCAAGUAUGGUUGUACCGAUAGCAAUGAAUUGAACUCUAAUGAAGGUGAUGGGGGUGAAACUGGUAGCAACGAUGACAAUAAUCAAAUUAUCAAUGAACCAAAUCAAUUCUUAAUCCCUAACUUCCCACAACCCUAUGAAUAUUUGAAAUUAUUCACUAGAGAAUUGCGCAAAGAAGGUGGCAGCAGUGAAACCAAUUCGAAUACGUUAAAUUCUAAUAACAGUAGUUUAUAUUCGCAAGAUAUCGCCAAUCGUUUACAAAUACUCAAAGAACAAUACCUUGCCAGCAUUGAAAAGGAGUUAGAUCUACUGAUCAAAGAAGGUGGGGAAUCUGGUAAAACGUCAAAUAAUUUAAAACAGUUGUUGAGUGAAGUUUACUAA